AUGGCGAACAAGUUGGGACCUUCUUCUAUCUUUUCCUCUCUUCUCUUCUUCUCUUUGAUCAUCGGAACCACUUUAGCGGCUCGUAAUCUGAAUGACAAUGUGUUCGAAUGGUUGAAGAAGGACCAUCGUGGUCUUCCCCGUGCUGUUAUUCACGUCUCCGAUCUAGACCGUUCUAUUAGGUUUUACAUGCAAGGCUUUGGAAUGAAACUUUUAAAAAGAAGGAAUUUCCCCGAUCGUCAAUAUAGAGACGCCCUCAUUGGAUUUGGGCCCCAAAAUACUCAUUUCUUAUUAGAAUUAAGACAAAGAUAUGAUUCAAAUGAUGUAUUUAUUGGGACAGAGUUUGGACACUUUGGGAUCGCCACUCAAGAUAUCUACAAAACUGUGGAGAAAGCUAGAGCUAAUGGUGCAUUGGUUAUCCAUAAACCCCAAAAAGUUAACCAAACCAUCUUUGCAUUUGUGGAAGAUCAUGAUGGUUAUAAGUUUAAGCUCAUUCAAAGGACAACUUCAAGUGAUCCUCUUGUUGAAAUCAUGCUUCAUGUACAAGAUUUGAAUACUUCCCUCAACUUCUAUACAAAGGCAUUAGGAAUGAAGUUGUUUGAGAGGCAGAAUAAUUCAACAGGACAGAUUGUUUUGGGGACUUUGGGUUAUGGAGUAAACCCAAGUAAAACAACAAUCUUGCAAUUGGAAAAGAGAAAAAAUAUCCCUCGUGAUGAUGGACGAGAUGGCUAUUCGAUGGUGUAUAUUGGCACUGACAAUGUAAACAAGAGUGCUGAAGCUGCUAAGUUGGUAAUGAAAGAGCUUGGUGGUAAUCUAAUAAUCGAGCCUGUUCUCUUUUCCAAUAUCAAUGUCAAAUUAACUGGCUUUACUGACCCAGAUAACUGGAUAACUAAUAUGGUCGACAAUAAAGAUUAUCAAAGAGGAACACUAUAAAGAAAAACAAGAAUGUGAAAAGGAUCAAAUUCGGAGGAUUAUAUACAUUAAUUUCUAGAAGACGAAGAUCACUUUAUUACUUACUUCAACUUGUACUUAU